AUGGCUGAUCCAGAACGCGCUUCAGAGUACAGGGAAUGGGCCGAGCUCUGGAUAACAGCUAUCCCAGAAUUGUCCGACUCCGUGCCGACUGUGACGGCGGACGAAAUCGAACGUCUCCUCGCGAUCCUGGAGACGAACUCCCACUCGCGUGAUGAGAACGAUCAAGUGGACCUCUCUGAUCCUCGUUUGCCUCCGCCACCGAAGAUAGACGACGAGCACAACUCCACCUUGAUCGGGGAAGAAGACGAGGAGGAAAAAGACGAAGCGUGCGGACUAUGGCUCGUAGCUUCCAUGGCGAACCAUUCCUGUAUUCCGAACUGCGUCGUGCACAUACCAUCAACCCGCGGCCUCCAACCUAGCGCGGUCCCCACGCUACUUUUCCGCUGCAUACGACCGGUCUUCGCGGGCGACGAGCUCACUAUAAACUACCAGGAUGAUGAGUUCGCGCUUACGGACGACCGCCAGGCGCAGCUCUCCUCGCGCGGAUUCAAGUGCACCUGCCCUCUCUGUACAAGUCAGAUCCGAGAAUAUAUGCGCAGCGCGACAUGCCCAUCUCCAUCCUGUUCCCGCGGCGCCUCCUGUCCGCAACGCAUCAGCGGAUCCGUACAAUGGUCAUGCGACGCAUGCGGAACGCGCCUUACUCCGUCUCAGGUCUCCGUCGUGGAAAAGCUGCAGGAGGAUUGGAUGUCGCUCUGGCCCUCCAUCCUCGAAACGCUGGAGUCGUCGGCAGAACGACCUGCGGCGCUGCCAUUCAACCUCCUGCAGUCGCUCACGUCGCUCGCCGAGCGCCGACAAGACCCCCACACAUUCAUACUCGGCCUCGACCUGCAACAGCACGGCUUUGGCGGCAACGUCAACCUGCACAUCUCGCACGGAUACGUAUACGCCUUCCUCAAAUUCAUACUGUUCGAGCAAAGCGUCUGGCUCCGUCAGCGAUACGGAGACGACGGUGUAACAGGAACUCUUCUCGCGGCCGCUGCGAUAGUGGAAAGGGCGUAUCAAGCGCUUCCUGAGCUCAAGGUUGCGAGCGAGGAGAGGCGCGCACUUGGAUACUGGCUAGUGCGGGAAGCGAGGACGCGCUGGGGCGACGUGCAUGGUCGCGAAUCGUUCUGGGACGAGGUGGAGAGUAUUGGAUGGGCACGUUGGACGGAAGGCAUGAAGAUAUUGUACGGACGGGAGGACGAGGAUAUGGGGUGAUAUAUGAGACUCAAGGGACUCCUAGCAACAUCCUUGUCAAGGGCUUCGAUCAUCAAUCAU